AUGACGGUCGACAAUCGCCGGUGCGUCUCUGAACUGAAACAGGUUUGUCUGCGGACCAUUGCACUAUCGGUACUGAAGGCCAAUAUCCACAGGUCAAAUCUUGCCGAUGUGGUGGCGUCCGAAGAUGCCCUGAAAGGACUGAACGUAGCCCCGAUGGUCAGACAUGACCUGUCGGGUUAUUUGGACAAGCUUUGCUUCAGGGUACACGGUUGGAGCGAGAAGCACGGCGCGCUGUUCAGCGGAAGACUGACGCGACGCAGGCAGCACCUGAAUUUCUACCUGGAUCGCAUCAAAUGGAACGGGGACACUUUGGAACGAGACGAUUUUCUGACAGCAAAGACGAUCGUCGACGAGAACGGUGACUGGCCGCAGCUGCAGUUUCAGUUCGCGUGCGCCUACGCUAUGCGAAACUGCUUGACCUGUUUCGACAAAGUGAGUCUGAGGGCGUUCCGUCGACAACUUGGUACUCACCCACUGUACGACUUUUGGAUCGAGUACCUGGCCGACCAGUCCGGCAAGAUUUUCGAAAGGCCGGGACUGAUCCCGAAGCCGCUGGUGGCUUCGGCUUUCCUGUGGGCUGUGGACAACGAUUUUGUGGAACUGGUGCGAUUCCUGAAAGCCAAGAUCAGCCACUCGCAGUUCGAGUACUUGAGUAUGAAAGACUGGAGCCAUGUUUGUCAACGAACGAGUAACACGACCGUCUUCACUUACCUUUGUAAGGAGUUGUGCCAGAUGAACUCGGUGAACACUGGUCGUAUCACGGCCGACAUUUUCAUCAACUGCGUUUACCAUAUCCUGGACAACGACCAGAAGUCGAGCGAAUACGAGCGACUGAUCGGUUUCUUCAUGGACCACGCAUGUGACAAACUGAAGCACGCCCUGUUCCAUGCCGGAUGCUACAGGGCGCUGUACUUGGCACUGGACAGGAAGAACACGAAGAUCUUCCAUUCUUUAAUGCAGCUGGUGCCCCCGUCUCAGUUCGUCCGCGGAAUCAAUAAGAUGAACGAUCGUCUGUCAGACUUGAAGCUGAGUGAGGCCAAAUUUCUGACCAACGACUUCUACCGCUUCUACGAUCCCGAAUCGCUGCCGAUGUAA